AUGAAAUAAUUAUUUACAACUAUAUCACAUGAAUUUGGAACACUCUUAAAUUUCAUUUUGGCUAUUGCACAAGUUGCCAUUGACAAGUAUCCCUCUCAAUAAUACUAUUAUUCAAUAAAAAAUACUUGUGAAAUUAUGCAUAACUUUAUUUUGGAUAUGGUAGAUUACAAUGAUAUUCUUGGUAGAUAAUUCAAAUUAUAAUUGGAGCAAUUAGAUAUUUCUAAUAUCCUUGAAACUGUGACAACUUUGUUCCAAGAAUAGUGCAAACAAAAGUAAUUACAAUUAGAAUAUUUGAAUUACAUACCAGAAGGUUAGUAGAUAAUAUCAGAUUAACGGAGAAUCAAGUAAAUCUUAAUUCAUUUAAUUUCCAAUGCUUAAAAGUUUACAAUAAAUGGUUCCAUAAUAAUAUCUGCUAAUUAAUUAAACGAUGAUAAUGUAGAGUUCUCUGUUAGGGAUACUGGAAUUGGGAUGAGCAAGGAAGAUGAGAAGAAUUUAAGAGAAAUGUUAAAGUAGGAUUUUAAGAGUGAACACCACAUCACUGCUAAUACAGCAGGAUUUGGGUUAGGAUGCUAUCUAGCUAAUAAAUUGUGUUUGCAUUUGUCUAACUAACAAAAUGGUUUACAGUUCAAAAUUAAUGAAGUAGGAACAACGUUUUGGUUUAUGGUAUCGAAUAAUAUAUUGCCAACAUCCAGUUUAAAUGGAUUAGGUAUCUAAAAAGUUAAUAAAUAUUCUUAUAUUGAUCUAAAAUAAACAUAAAUUGAGAAAAACGUUGGAAGAAGACUUAGUAGAAUGGGAAGUAGAGUGUCCUAGAAUUCAAUGCCAAAAGUGCUAUCAUAUAGAGGUUUGAUUGAUCAAAUUAAGGAAAACACCGAAAGUCUUAUAAAUGAGGAAGUCAAUUCAAUUGAAAGGAAGACAAGGACUACGACUUUAAAUAGAAACAUUAAGCAAACUAUGAAAUUUCUAAUUGUGGAUGAUGAAAUGAUCAAUAUCAUAGGAUUAUAACUCAUAUUAAAGAGAAUGAAUAUUGAGACUGACUAUGUUUUUAAUGGGAUUGAAUGUUUGAGAAAAGUGCAAGAAAACAGAUAUGCUUAUUCAGGGAUAUUUAUGGACAUUAAUAUGCCUUUGAUGAAUGGAUAUGAAACAAGUAGAAAUUUAAUAUCUCUUUAUGGAAAUCAAUUCAAAAUAAUUGCCUGCACUGCAUAUACAGACAGUGAUACAAAAUAACGUUGUUACGAUAUAGGGAUGAGCUACUUCUUGAAUAAACCAGUGAAUGUAAUAGAAUUAUAAAAAAUACUUAUUUAAUUUUAACAAUGA